AUGUUAGGCCUCCGGGCUGGAACUGUGUUGAACUUCAUCCUUGGAAGGCAGUAUGCCGGCAUACCACAACAGAUCGACGUUACCGAAACCGCUUCACUUGUCGAAAGGGCCCCGGCGGUCAUCACCGAGACCGUCAUGGAGUCCUUGACCGUUGUUGUCCCAAAGACAACAACCGUACAGGUUACUUACCAUGUUCCAAUUAAUGCAUCGACGAGCGCCACGGCCGACCCGAGCGUCACCCUGCCAUUUGCUUCAACAGCGAUACUUAACGCCACAUCCUCCACUUUUGAUCCCGCGCAGGAUACCCCUCUCUUCGCCAUCAACCCAUCGUUGAUCCUCUCCGAGAGUCAGGAGAGUGUGCCAGUUCCCACUACUGCGGUUGAAGGAGAUUUGCCCGGGACGAGUGACGCAAACGAGACAGCGGCCCCUGUUGAGACCGCAACCACCGAGGAGGCUUCUGCUGAGCCCACUGCUGAGCCAACCUCCGAGCCAACUUCUGAACAGGCUUCUGAACCGAUUCCUGAAGUGACUUCCGAAGCGGCACCCACGGAGACACCAGAAGAGGCUCGGUUGGUGAGCGGACAGGACUCUACCUCGUCCGAGGUUCUCCUCUUCGACACCGCGUCGUUGACUUUCACGGGCCCUCCUGGCCGAUCCACAACUCUUCAGACUAGAUCGGGGACUACGACUGCCGCCUCUGCUCCCGGAUCGACUCAAUCUUCUGAUGGGUUUACCCCUGAUGACAGUGAGACGGGCAUCACUGACCCCCGACCAUCGUACACUACGGCAACCCUGCCUGGUGGUCUCAUCACGACUAUUGGACUCGACGCGACGGCUGGCAAUGAUCAAGCCUCAGAGACCGGUGGUGCUGACGUUAUCAGCAAGGAGUCCAAUGACACUGCUACCACGCCCGUCGUUGUGGGCAGUGUUGUCGGAUCUGUGAUGGGAUUGUCCAUGCUGGUGUUCCUCUUCUGGUUCUUGAGACGACGUACAACAAGACGCCGCAGGAGCACACUUUUGACUCCUCUCGGCAUUCCCCCGGGCGCGCCUGGUGGCAUGGGUGGCGAGAAGUACGAGAUUGACAACAACUCCCUGGGUCCUACCCCUCGAUCCACCAAGCUUGCGGCCGCUGUGACGGCAAAUGCAAAGAAGUUUGGACAUAAAAUUAGGCUGUCAAUGAACGGUUCUCCCGGUGUCAACAUGAACCGAGGAAACUCGCAGUUCCUCGACUCUAACCCAUCCCACAGCCGAAGCGCAUCCGUGGGACCCUACCCCAGCAGCCGAGGAGACUCGUCCCAGGGACACCAAGGAUGGUGGUCGCGACUUAUCCUUGAGUCUAGCGCCGAGAACCUUGAGGCCCAGGAGAUUUCGGAGAAGGAGCGUGGGACGACACGAACACCGAGCCCGAACCCCUUUUCGGAUGCCAACACCAUGGCUGCCGUUCCUCCAGCCAACCCCUUUGCUAGUGCUCGAGACUCUCUGAUGCCUUCUCCGUUGGCUCCUGGACGUUCGCCGCCUCAGCGACCACCUCGCCCGGAAGAUCCAUUCUCGGAUUCGAACUCGGUUGCGCCUCUUGCUCCUACCCACCUGCCACCGGCCACAUAUGUGACGGAUGUGCGGAGAUCCAGGGGCCCUUCGAUGGCGCGCAACCUUACACCUCCUGGGCCGAAUGGGUCACCCAACCUCGAGCUUCCCACCUCCCGCGAGGUGUGGCGCGACAACAUCCACUCGAACCCCUUCGACUUGGAGCUUGAUGGACGACAUGUGCCCAGCGUCAGCAACAUUCAUCCCCUGCCGCCGCGGUACACAGCUGCCAGCUCCUUCUACGGCACGCAAAAACGGGCUACAACACACUCUCGCGCCGAGAGCUUCACCUCGCGAUACACCAGCGGAGUGAGCAUGCUCGACGAGUGGCCCGUUCCGCCUACCGACUCGAGAUAUAGCGGAGCGGGCUACCCGCCCUACCGACACUCUCGAAGCGAGAGCGACAGCGUCCUGGGCCGCCAAAGCGUGGGCCAGGCAAUCUAA